CCAGUGCCAGUCCAAGUCCAGCUCUAUAUCGUUUAGCUCCUGUGCUCCUGGCGGCUAGUGGCCCUUCGUCCUGUGCAUCCUUUUGUUUUUUGUUUGUUAGUUGCCUGCUGGUUACGUUGUUUUUUUUCCUGUGCCUCCGUGUGUGUGUUUUGGGCGUCGCGUGAAGUGCACGUGAAGCGAGCGAGCGAGCGAGGUCUGGGCCAUGAUUGUCAAUAUGCCCGUCAAUGCCACGGGCAGUGUGAGUGCUCCCGGUGUCCAUCUCAGUCCCGCUUCCAACAACAACAACAACAGCAACACCACCAAUAAUAACACCAACACUAGCAACACCAGUGACGGCAACAGCUCCAACAGCGGACACCUGGUAGGAGACUGCGAAUACAACUUUUUGAAGCGCAAGUACGAGUCGCAGGUAGAGGUGGAGGUGGAGGGACAGGAGCUAGCACUGGGCCAGGACUACGACCAACUGGAGACGAAUCCCUGGAAGAAGCGUCACCUUGAGUACGAUGCCGGCGACCUGCACUUUCACCUUCAACUGGAAUCGCCAGCGGCCAGCAGCACGGCCAGUGGCGGCUCCGCUCCUGCUGCCUCCUCGGCCGCCUUCAUUAACGAUCUGUUCGCCUACGACAGCAGCCUCCUGGUGCCGUCCGCCGCAUACUGCGGCCCGCCCAGCACGCUGCCCACGCCCACACUGAGCGCCCCCCUAGAGGAUGGUCCCGGCGGCGGCUGGCAGACGGGCGAGCUGCUCGAGCUCGAUCAUCGCUACAACUCUGGUCUGCAGGCGGAGAUUGGCCAGCUGAACGCGACGCUGCCGCUUACCAGCUCCCAGCCACAGCAGCAGCAGCAGCCGCAGCCGCAGCACCAGUCCCAGUCAUCGGCGCAGGGAACACAAAAUCAAAGCUUCAUGGUUCCACUGAAGCAGGCGGGAAGUCGGAUUCUGCCCACGGGCAGGCGCACUUCAUCAGGCUCGACAGGCGCGCCCACGACUACGACAACUUCAGAUGGCUCGGAGGCGGACUUUGAGGACAAGAAUCUGUCGUGGCUGCUCAACUUCAAGUUCGACGAGUUCCCCCAUCUGUCGCCCCAUGGCCAGGGGCAGGGCCAAAGCCAGUCCCAGCCUGUGGGUCAAGCCGAGGCCGUGACGCUAACAACCGCUGUCAGCACAUCGCCCUGUAGCUCUACCUCGCCCCCAUCUGCAUCCGCAUGCACCACGAACUCGAAUCACUCUCUCAACUCCAGCCAGAGCCAUGGCGCCCUGUUGGAUCAGCGCGCCCGUUCCCCCAAGAGCUGCCCCAGCGCCUCGAUCGGUGCAUCAACAGUCGUAGGAGCUGCUGGGGGCACUACAGUGUCCGGCAACAUAAGCAGCUCCACCAAGACCGGCCGCAAGUUCGAGGAGCUGGUGAUGGAAGUCACCUCGGAGCUGGAUGGCAACGAUAUGAUAGUGGCCGAGCAUGUUGUUGUCGAGGAUACAACCUCCAAGGCGCCAAAGAAACCACCGUUCACCUACACGGAACUCAUCGAAUACGCCCUCGAGGACAAGGGUGAACUGACUGUGUCGGGCAUAUACCAGUGGAUAUCCGAUCGCUUUCCGUAUUAUAAAUCGAACGAUGACCGCUGGAAGAACUCGGUGCGACACAAUUUAUCCAUCAAUCCGCACUUCCGGAAGGGCGUUAAGGCGCCCCAGGGCGCUGGCCACUUGUGGGCCAUAUCCAGCGGAGAUUCGGCGGAGAAUGUCUUGGCUUGGGAGCACAAGAAGCAACGUCUGGAUUUAUUCUUCAAAAUGGAGUCUAUCAACCGGGAACGCAUCCAACAGCAUCAGCAGCAACUCCAGCAACAACAGCAGCAGCAACAGCAGCAGCAGCAGCAACAGAAUUGCCACUCGUCGCAAGAGGGACAGGGGCAGGGGCAGGGGCAGGGACUCCAUCAAACGAACAAUGGCUGCCUGUACGAUGAGGCAGCCGUGGCAGCUGCCACACUCACGCAAGAGAUGCUGCAACAUUCUUCAACAACAACGACGAAUGAGUCAACGGCAGGACAGUCGCAGCACCACCAUUCCGAUCAUCAGCACCAUCAUCAUCACCAGAGACUGCUGCCCUUCAAUGAUCUGCUGAGCGACGACGAGCUGCGCAAGACGGCCGGUCAGAUACUCAAUGGCAUCCAUCGCGAGGUGGAGGUGCAGUCGGUGAACUCCAUCAUCAGCACCUACCACGACGUGCUGCUGGACAAUGACUAUCUCAAUCCCAUACACAAGGACGUCGUCGUCACGGAGAGUGGUCUGAGGCAGCAGCAGCAUGGCGUGGGCAGCGGCAUCCACAUGAACAGCGGCAACAUCAACAGUCUGACCCACUCGCAGUACUACAUCACCGAGAUUGAUCCCAUGGAGCUGGGCAUACAGAUGUCGCACCAGGUUGAACCCUCCGAGGAGGAGGUGCUAUUCAGCGAUGAGUUUAAUCUCAACUACUUUGGCUACAAUCCCGGUAGUGAUAUUGUCGCUUGACCGCGUAGACAACAGUCGGAAUCGGCUUCGGGUUCGGCUUCAGGUUCAGGUUCAGGUUCGGUUCUAGUGCCCGUUCCAGUGCCCGUUCCCGUCGCCAUGUCCGUUUCAGCUUCGGCUUCAGCUCAGCCAAGCAAUUGAGAUGGGUCCGCAGGGGCCCAGUGCUCGCUCCAUGCCAGACAACAAUCGUAACUGUAGCAGAUCCUACUCAUAAGCCAACUCUCAACGAAUACUAGUCACACACAUUCAUCACAGAAAAACACUCACAACUAACCACCUAAGGACUGUAGGACCCCUUCCCAUCAUCAGCGCAUCCCCCCCGACCCCGACCCCGCCCCCGCCCCAUAUGUAUAGUCUAGUCUUGAGUGUACCAAUGCAAAUCUCAAUCCUAUCAUGUAAUUUGUGCCCAUUUUUUGUCUAUUUUUAGUUGAGUGACAUAGGCGCUAAGCUCUCUACCGUUAAGGAUAUAUGUAUCUACUAUUGUAUGCCUUGUAUAUCCCUCAUAGCUCCUCCCCGAAUUUAGUUAAGUGUUUCUACAAGUAGUCGAAUAAACCAUACCAGAGCCGACAGGCUCUCCCCAUACCUAACUAAUCUAGGCCUAGAGCAUUAUCGAGUAAACCUAAUCCUUGUAUGUACUUGGGGACACUGUUUACCCCUGUCUAUCCAUGUCUGUAGUAGUAACUGCACCUAUCUGGUUUUAUUCAUUAUGGCAAA